AUGUCGUCUCCGCUGUCGCCGUCCGCCGAUGCAAUGUUGAAUUCCACCUCGUCAGCGUCAAGCACCGUCAGCGACAAGUAUGAGGAUGCCUACGAUGACAUGACCAGCACACCGACAACAGACAUUUCGCAGCCGGAGCAGUUCAGGCCGCCGUCGCGAAUCAGAACCGACGACGCACGCUUUAAUCAGGAAAACAUUUCGCCCGCCAAAUCCCGCCACAGCCGCAUUAUGUCAGGCACAGAGCUGUCACCGCUCAGGAUUGUGGAGAGCCAGAGGAGCUCAUUGGACGGCUCGCUGCUCAAGGUGAGUGGAGGGGCUGUGCGCAGCCCACGCAAGGUGUCGCCCGAUCGCCGGUUUCCUGUUAAGAUCAACCUUUCGGGCGACGUGCCAUCGCGACCGACAUACGACACGCAGUCGCCCAGCAUCGACGAGGUGGUCCAGGACAGCAACGGCCUGAAGAAGCCCAUUUCCAUUUACGAGGACGGCCCGCGCAGCAUCCGCGAGGAGGACGAGGCGGGCAUGGACGACACCGAGAAGCUGCACCGCGGCGAUGCCACCGCCGGCGACGAGGACUUCACCAUGGACGUCAGCACCUUUAGCGCCUUCUCCGCAGUGCCCAACAUGGCCAUGCUCGCAAAGCUGGGGCAGACGCCCAACGGACGCCGCGAGUCUUCGGCUAAGAGGGCGCAUCACGCGAUGGAGGACGACAACUCCAGCCUCGCGGAUUUCGGACGCUCUCAGAGGUCUCCUCCCGGCAGGCGAGACGUCUUGUCGCCUUCCCGAACCACGCCUAACCUGGCAUCGACGUUGACCCCCAGCCGCCAGCUCUCAAACCUCCUCGAUAAUGACAAGACGCCUAGAAGCAUUCCGUCGAUCACCCCGCGGGAGCUGGAGACGCUCAAGUCCGACUUUUUGUCUCAGAUUUCUUCACUCAAGGCUUCGCUGAGCGGCAAAGAGGCAGAAGUGCAGUCCCUCAAGACGGCUGUCACGGAUGCUGAGAAACGGGUGGGCGAGUCGAUGGAGAAGCUGCGCGAGGAACGUGGCCUGAAGGAGCAGAUGGAGGGCGUGCUGCGCAUCGUGAGAGAAGAGAUUAUCGAGACGCAGAGAGAGAAGGAGGACCUGGAGCAAGAGCUGGAGGAGAGUGAGAUGCGAAGAGAGGCGUCGGAAAUGAUGCACCAAGAGGCAGAGAGCAAGCUGGCCGGCCUGCGCGCUGGCAGGGAAAUGGAGAGAAACGCAUCCCCCGAGAAGCCCAAGGACACGCGAGAGGUGGAGAUUGCCGUUGAGCGAGUGGCGCGAGAGCUGCACGGCCUCUACAAGACCAAGCACGAGACCAAGGUUGCGGCGCUGAAGAAGUCGUACGAAAACCGAUGGGAGAAGAAGGUGCGGGAGCUCGAAGCCAAGAUCCAGGGCCUGACAAUGGAGAACGAGAAGCUGCGGGCUGGCCACGACUCCACCAUGACCAUGGUUGACCAUGCUGAUAUGGAGGAGUGGAAGGCCCGGUCUGUGCGCGAUAAUGCCAUGAUCAGGGAGCUGGAGGCGGAUGUUCAACGACUGGAGGCGGUCAUCUCGACGGUGCGCCGCGACAACGACGAGCUGCGUGUCAACUUGCAGCAGGAGAGGGUUGAGAAGGGAGAGCUGGUGCAGCUUGCGGAGGAGCUGAUGGCCAUGCAGAACCUUGCUGCUGCUCCAACUCCAGCGCCGCAGCGCCAACAACCUGCACCGCCGGCGGCGCCUCAAUCGCCACCACCACAAUCAUCCCUGCGUCAGCCGGAGCGAAGAGAAUCGGUGUCCAAGAAGCCGGCGCUGGAGCGAUCAGACUCGGUGUCCUCCAAGACGUCGUCGAGAGCCAACCCGAACCGCAUCUCCGUCUCCGGACUCAGGGCGCCGGGAACGGGGCUCCGGCCGCCGCACGAGCGGGGGAAGAGCAGCAUCGGAGGAGGCUUGCCUCGGCCGGGUGGCGCAAGGGGGAGCGGCAUCUUGAACUCUAUUGAGAAGAUGGGCAAUUACAGGGGACGCGAUUGA